AUGGCCACCAUGAAUGGUCCCAAAGUUGGGUAUUCGUUCGUGCGGCGGCGAGACACAAUAGUUGAUGAAAAUGCGAUGCAGGUGAGCUUCUUUUUUCGAAUUACUUCUUGGUUGCGAUUUUCGACAAAAUGUCUAGUUAAGUGCUCAGAAACCCGGCCAAAUAUUUAACUGAAACUAAGCGUUGAUAUCUUCUAACUUAUCUCUGUUGAGCAAAAAAAAUUUCCCCUUUUUAUCUUUUAACCAAUUAUUUUUUCUAAAAUUUCAUAACAUCAAUACAUCGGAAUGAAAAAAAGUUUAUGAUGGUUUAUGAUGCGCUAGAAGCUGUGUACUUUUUCGGGAAAACUAGGGGAAGUAGUUUUGUUUUCGAAGACUGAAGUUUUGUACAGAAAAUUUUACUGAAAUAUUUUCUGAAGUCUGAAUUGAAGUUUCCCGUCCAAACGUGCCAGAUGAUCCUAGAAAAAAGAUAUUGUUAGAACUUUGUUAACUUCAAAGCUUUAUUGGGUUCUGUGAAAAAAAUUAAUCGAAAAUUGAAAGUUGAAGCCGUUUUUCGUUCAGACUUUUCAAAGAAAAAAAUUUAUUUUUAUAAUUUCAUGAUAAGAUUAUUCAAAGAAGCUGCUUUCAAUUCAAAAAAAUCAUAUUGAAAGCAGUUCUCAAAUUUGUUUUUGCUUCUUACUGAGAGGCUUUUUUUGCUAUCCUAUUAUACUUAAUAGAUAAUCCUUUUUGACUUCAAUGUAUUCCCACCUUGAAUCACCCACUUCAAGAUCGCAUCCACAUCACAUUUUUUUCCAGCCAGAAAAAGAUCGAGCUUUUCAGCUCGUUUUUUCACACUCAUAAUGAAAAAAACAUUAUAAUAAACACAUUUAUUCAGCAUUUACUAUUGCAUGAAAGCAUUUGGAGCCACGCAUUCGGCAAAAAACGUAGAAGAGAGCGCCGGGAGUCAAGAAUAUCCAGGAUUCAAAGAAUUGCCGCAUUUUUACAAGUUGGACUCUUUCUUUCUUUUUCUUUUUUUUUCGUCUACUAGUCAUCAUUUAUUUCAGAUAAUUUAUGAAAAGUCACGGGUCCACUACCUUUUUCCAAUAAUUCUAUUAUUUGCAUAUUCUUUGAUCGGCGGUCUCAUAUUUUGGUCAAUUGAAAAGCCACAUGAAGAAAUUUUAUUGUCAGAAAAGGUUAGUCUCUGUGUUGAAACUUGACAAAAAUUUUCUCAGAGAAAUUACAUCAAUCAGCUGACAGAUAAUCUUGUGGGAGUCAUGAUGGAUAUCCACGAGAGACUGAGCGUUCUGAACAAAAUCUAUGCGUAAGUUGCCGUUUUCAAUCUAUUUUGACAUUCUUACUCAGUAACGACACCGAUUCAUUGGUCACGCGAAGACGGGAAUUCAGAAAAUAUGCACUCAACAAAAUUUAUAAAGUUUUGACAUAUUGCAAAGAUCGUUGGUAUUAGUAAACUCAGAGCGUUUACUGGUACACGUUGUCGACAUUUUACUUGACUGAACAUGAAAUGCACAAAGCGAUGGCAUUGCGACCCCGAAAUCCUGAACCCCUCUGGAAACACCAGUUUGAGAGUAAUUAUGGACGGAUAAAAGCUUUGAAAAACUACACAGAUCAGGUGAGAAUGUACAUUUUUUCAAAUGUUUUUGUUCCAGUUAUGUAUGCGAUGUUGGGAACUCGUCGACGAAGGAGCACCAGGUGGUUGGACCCUCUUGAAUUAUCACCUGAAGGUGAGGGACUUCUUUCAUUGUCUUUCUUGCUAGUUUGAAAUGAUACAGUAUCUAAUCACUUUAUGUUCCAGGUCAAUGAAAGCGUGCUAGAAUACAACAACGCGGUUGGUCUUGGACAUGUUCUAACACCCGUUUGGACUUUUUGGAACGCCAUGUUUCUUGCUGGUAUGUUCAUCAAUGUUAAAUGGUUGAAGUUGGGUUUUUAGUCACAACGUAUACGACCAUCGGAUAUGGAAACAUCACAGCUAAGACGAAGUUAGGAAAGCUGGCUGCCAUGGUUUACGCAGUGAUUGGGAUUCCUUUGGUUCUCAUGAUCCUUCACAAGCUUGGCAGAUUUUUUCUCCUGGCUCUUGAAAACGUUUGGGACUGGGUUAUAAGGUUAUCUCUAGAACUUUUUGAGAGUCUUUUCAAAAAGGAAUCGAUUUAAAAAAAUCAUUUUGCAGAGCUGCAGAAUAUUUUUGCGUUGGAUCUGGCAGUAAUAGAAUCAGACUUUCGGAGGAGGAACGAAUUUCUGAAAUGCCUCUGCUUUUGGCUAUUGGUAAUAGAUUUCAGUUUCGUUGUCAUUUUUGUUUAGGAGUGGCUUUUGGUUGGAUGUUCCUGUGCGCUGCGAUUUUCCUAUUUUUUGAAAAAGACUGGGACUACUUCAAAAGUUUUUAUUUCUUUUUUUGCUCCCUCACCACAAUUGGAUAUGGUUUGAAACUAAAAGGUUUGUGAAGGACUGAUUGAAUAAUUUGAGGAGAUGUAACACCCACUAAUAGCGAAGACAUGUUCCUGAUAUUUGGAUUGAUCAUUAUUGGGCUUUCACUUGUUUCUAUGUGCAUAAAUGUAAUUCAAUUGAAACUCGAAAAGUUAUUUGAAGUAAGUUAGUUUUAGUUAUUGUUAGUGAGCAAAAAAUAUUACAGGAACUUUUGCUAACCUUGAUGGAAGAGUACAGCGCAGACCCCGAUGCAAACCGUCUGAAAUCUGGCACUAUAGGUUAGUUAUGGGAUUGAAUAAAAAAUCAAGAGGCUUUCAGGAAUGAAAGAGAUGUGGCGAGCAUGGAAAAAACGAAAAUCGAGACCAAGUGAAGAGAUUCCUAAAAAUGCUCGUAAUGCGGCUGGGAAAGCGGGAGAAAACUUGGCAAAGGUUUUUUCUUUCAACGUUUAACAAUUUUUGGAACUAUUCGUUCCAAAUUUCUCCUGUGUGAAUUGAAGGAAGUUAUAGAUGCUGCCUUUUUCGGGAAGACGACAGCGUAUGCGAUUGAUAGACGAGCUGCAGAAAAAGAUGCGGCGGAAGGACAAGGCGACGCAGACAGACUUCGGCUGUCCUGCAUGCGAAGAAGAAUGGAGCAAUGCCGCGAGUGACGUCGACAGCUGUGCGACAUGUAAGGUCGAAAUUUCACGUGAGCUGGAGCAACUUUGAUCGAAGUUAACAGUGUUGCUUUGGCUUGCACGUGAAGUUUCACGAGUGUAGUUGGACCAGAAAUAGGAGCUUGUGUGUUAUCAAUGGGAGAGUUGCAGCCACCACAUGCCAUUUACUGCUCAUUCCGGAUGGACCAAUAUGCGGUCCGUCGCGCUGUGAGUCGCGUCCGGUGGUCGCGCAAGCGGAGGCGUCCAUCUGCUCCAGUUCUUCCUUGCUCGCGCCCUCACUACCGCUAUCUCCUGCUUCUUGGCACUCCCAAGAAACAAAUUAUUCUCAUUCCGAGUGAGAUUUCUUCCUUUUUUAUAGUGGUUUGGUUCAGAAUUUAAGAGCUAUCUCAAGGAGGAUGUGAAUUGAAGAUUUGAUUCAGGAACCGUUAGAAAAAAAAAGAAGUUUGUAUGGAAUCCAUACUUUUUUCUUUGCGUCAAGUGAAUACUUUGCACCAUUCUGAGAAAUUUUAUGAUAGUGAGAUUACAAUUUGGCUGGAUGACAUUGUCUAACUUUUCAUUAGCCUUUGUGAAAAAAAUAAUUUUUAAUCUAAAUAAAAUUAUUCAAGCCACAAAAAAAUGAGCUUUUUAAGCUUUAUCAACAUUGAACUUACACUGCACUCUGUUUAUUCUCAAGAAAAUCUCACUCUGUUUCCGUUUUUAUAUUUUCAAAUUUUUUAACCCAAGGUGAAAAUAAUAUGGAUAGUCAGCUACUUUUUGAAAGCUUUGAGUCCGAAAAAUUCAUAGUAUAAUAAGAUGAACUCUUUUUAGUCGAAAGAAAAAAAUCAUUGUUCCUUGCUGGGACUGUAAGUCAAGGAUAUGUAUGAAAAAAAGCUUAUUAUUUGAGUUUCUUCAUAUUCAAAAUUAUUCCAUUUUUUUUGAAUUUCUCUUGACAUUUUCAGUCCGCCGCUUCCGCCUACGAGUCCUACUUCACAUCAGUCUUCUGCGUCGUCUGCGCGCUCGGCACCUGCUGCGAGCUCGUCGCGUACUCCUGUCGACUUCGAUCCGAACCGAAGAUGGACGUUUGUUGCAACCAGCAGGGUCAGACCGAUAGUGUUAUAUCUUUCUUGAGCACCAAUUGGUUGCAGACUCCUCGAGGAGGACCAAGAGGACUGAUCGUACCUUAUUCUUACAUGAGCCCUUCGGUAACCUCAUCUAACUCAUUUUUUUUUCAAUUUAAAACUUUUAGCAUACGGUUACUACAACGGAUAUGAAUAGGCUGAUAUCUGAAAUCGACGCUCGCUUACAGGUUUCAUCCAUUUUCGAGGUUUGCUCCGAAAAAUCUGGUUCAGGACUGUCGACAGAAGAUGACGCCUCAAAACUCAGUUCAAGGAUCUGUUUCGGGCACUUCUUUCUCUAGAGCUGUUCCACCAGAUCAUCAAAACAAAGAAUAG